AUGAAAAAAGUUCUACGACAACAUUCUGCUCGUACGAUCACCGAACUGAGACAAAAGCUUCAAGGAAUAUGGGAUUGUUUUAUACCAAAUUUUAUGCCUCAAAGAACUUCAGCCGUAAUAAAGUAAAAAGUAAAAAUAAAGGUGAUGUUACCCAAUGGUAAUCUUUCAAUUGUUGUCUUGUUAACUUCCCGCAUUUAUUCGCACAUUGUUUAUUUGUUC